GCAGUACAAACAAACAUUUACACAUAUCGACACAAAGCACUUCUCGUGUUCGAAGCUCACAAAAAUGUCUCUACUACCAUUACUGAUGGAAUUGGAACGUCCUCGGCGCCUCCAAGACCAACAUUUCGCCCUAGCUUUAACACCCGAAGAUGUCCUGACAAUCGUUGCCCCCCAAUACUCUAGGGACUACUACCGGCCAUGGAAGCAUAUGCCGUCCGUCUUACGUGACUCUGGUUCGACCAUCAGAGCUGACAAAGAAAAGUUCCAAGUCAAUUUAGACGUCCAGCAUUUUUCUCCGGAUGAGAUAACGGUAAAGACGGCUGACGGAUUUUUGGUCGUCGAAGGUCAUCAUGAGGAGAAGCAAGAUGAGCAUGGUUACGUGUCUCGCCAGUUUAAGAGGCGUUAUCAGUUGCCAGAGGGUUGUAAUCUCGAUGCUGUGGAGUCACGUCUGUCAUCUGACGGAGUGCUAACGGUGACAGCACCGCUGGCCCGCCCUGCUAUCAACGAGCGAGUGGUGCCGAUCAUUCAAACGGGACCAGUGAGGACUCAGCCUGAGGGAGCCAAGGAAGCCGGCGGUGGAGAAUGCACUGAAAGCCCAGUCGAAAACGGCCAGUAGAUGCGAACGUUACGUUUGGGCGGCUUGCCAACAAGUGUAUUUAUAUCGAUUGCAAUUUGUUUAUAUCGUGUAUGCAUUUCAAAAUUGAAGGUCUAGGUUGACAUGGGUAAUGUGCCAUGUAAAGUUUGGCCCGUUUCGUCUACUUAUUUUUGCAUCUAAUUUUCACAAUAUUCCAGUAUUCAAUUAAAUCAUUAUCACCUA